AUGUCGGCCCUCCCGAGGAGCUACAACCCCUUCGCCGAGGAGGAGGAGGAGGAGGCGGCGGCGGCGCCGUGGCCGGCGAGGGGCAGCGGGGAGGCGGAGGGCGCCGAGCGGCAGCGGUACCUGCAGCAGGAGGUGCUGCGUCGCUCCGCCGCCACCGCCGACAGCACCGCCCGCUCCCUCUCGCUCCUCUACGAGUCCGAGCGGAUCGGCGUGGCCGCCUCCGAGGAGCUUGUACGUCAAGGAGAGGCACUGAAGCGCGCAGAACAGAUGGUAGAUAAAAUGGACCAGGACUUGAAGACUAGUCAAAGGCACAUAAAUAGCAUUAAGAGUGUUUGGGGGGGCUUGGUAAACUACUUCAAAGCCAAACCUCCAGAGAGCAAGCCAGAGCAGAAUGGAACCCCUGAAUAUUACGCUAACAGUAGAUUAAAAGAAGCAAUGACAUCUAGUAAAGAACAAGAGUCAAAAUACCAGGAAAGUCAUCCAAAUUUAAGGAAGCUAGAUAAUCCAGAUUUAGUUUCUUCAGUGCAAAGGGAUUCCUAUCCGAAGAACCAACACCUGCGAGCUUACCACCAGAAAAUUGAUAACAACUUAGAUGAGAUGUCUUCUGGGUUGAGUCGUCUGAAAAACCUAGCUCUUGGUCUGCAGACAGAAAUAGAUGAGCAAGAUGAUAUGCUGGAUCGGCUAACAAAAAAAGUAGAGACACUGGAUGUCAAUAUUAAAAGCACUGAUAAAAAAGUCCGACAACUUUAAACGAUUUUUAGAAUUUUUUUUCUCCAGCGUCAGUUCUUCUUGGAUGUCUUAUCUCAACCAAUCUCUUAAAAAAUCUUGGACAGUAUCUGUUUAUCUUUUUUCUGAUAUGUUACUGAUUUUGUUGUCAUUAAAAUUGCAUAAUCUUAAGUGCAGCAUAAUACCUUAAGUUUCUUCAUGGGAAAAGUGCAUGUUGAGUAAAAUCUCUCAGCACUUGGUAGAUGCUUUUGUGCUGGAUACCCUGCUCAAUUGUCUAGCUGUGCGUCAUGUGUGUGAAGGAAUUUGCAAUCUACAAAGCCUCAGUGUCCUUGGCCUGGGAGCUGUGAUGAGACAAGUAACAUUUUGCCUCUGUUUUGGGGAGGGGGGCAGGGGGAACAGAAUGUGCUUCUUUGUUCAGAACAAAUGUUGCUAACUCUGUUUACCUACAGCUAUUUUAAAUUCUGAAAAAAUGCCGAUUUCCAGCUGUAAAAAUAAUUCAAAGUGACUGUUCUCUGGCAUUUCUGGGGCUUGAGGAACGACCUGUUCUGUGGAAGUUGUAAAAUAUCAAGGGUGUCAUGCAGUAAUGAUAAUAUCCUGUGCGUGUUCCCUUUCCUAAGAUGACUUUUCCCAAAUGGGGGAUCCACAAACUGUGGUUUUUGUUUGGGUCACUAAAUGCUAUCAUCUUUACAGUUAUUUUUAGUAAAGAUCUCGAAGGGUAUCUUAGGGUCUGCAGGAAAUGUUGAUUGACAGUGAUCCAAAAAGUUUGGGUAACAAAAUCAGGACUUAAACGUAUGUGCUCUUAAAGAUUCUUUUGUAGAAAUUGUCACCAUCUGCUUUUUUUAUUUUCUGCUCUUUCUCAGCUUAUUCAGUUAGGUGGUUAUUUGAAAAAUAGCUUUCAUUUUAGAAAUGGAGAGUUGGUCUGAAAUUGCACAAACAGAUCAUAGGAGAUCGUUCUUUAGUUUAACAUUUAUUUCAAAUGUGAUCAGGGAUUGAGCAGAUGCUGUGUUUUCCUAGGUAAUGUGACUGUUUUUAAGAAACUCCGCUAUCGUUCACAUACUUCUGCAUUGGCUUAGCAGGUAUGAAAAGUUCCUGCAAAUGAAGAACAGCUCAAAAAUGGUUUUGAGUCUUGCUGAUACAAGUUGGGCCUUCAGAUUUGUUUUAUUCUUUUGUAAGUAUCACUGUAGAACAAAAUAAUAACAAUUCUGCUCCAGCCUGAAGACAUGACAAUGAGAACUUGCUGUCUGUCUUGAAAACAAGUAAGUAGUUUUGGUUUGGAGAGGCCAAGGGACCUGUGUCAUUAUUGCAACACUCGCUAUCACAAAUGACAAAGAGCGGCUAAGAAGAGAUAGUUACUUUUCUGAGCUUGUGCCACAUUGUCUUGUGAAUUAAAGGAAGACCUUGGUGUAUCAAGCUUGUAUCCUUUGUGAACGUCCCAUUCCCACUCUCCCCUUUCCUUUUUUAAAAGGAUUUGUUACCUUGAGCUCACUUGCUACAAAGUGCACCUGACUGUUAAGGAGAUAAAAGGAAACUUGAGCCUUUCUUGUUUUACUGUGUCUCCUGAAAGUUCACUUGUAGAAAAAUAAAUCACUAAAAAAAGCUACACUUCUUGGGCAUAGUAUUUUGGGGAAAAAAAUUAUUCCUGAGAUUACUAGCAAAGUAGAGUUGUGAGUUAGAUUUAAGGUGGGCCUCUGUUUCUCUUAUGUUACUGAUGUCAUUAAUUUCAGUCCCUAAAAAAGAUGCAAUUUGCAGGGAGCUAAAACUUCAAGAACUAUUGAGUACCUUCAAUUGCUUUUAAAUUUUCUCUUUGUAUCAUUUAUGCUCAUUUGGAACUUUGAAAAACCUUACUAAUAUCAUUGUAUCAUCUAACUUUUUGGGUGUAUACCAUGAUUAAUUCUCUUACUCUGUUAAAAUAUUUAUGAAUUAUGAUUUGCUAUCUCAAGAUGGUUGAUAUAUUUAUUUAGUUAACGAUAUCAAUCAUUAGUUUUCAAAAUGUUAAAUACCUCAGUGAAGGAAGGUCGAAGUUUUGAUUAUACCUGAUUUAGUUUAUUUGACUUUCUCCUUCUAAUAAAAAGGAUGAAAAGAAUUGUAUUUUUUCUUAUCCCAAUGCUGAUUAACAGAAACAUUUGCAUCUUGAAAAGGAUUUAUAAAUUCUGUGAGAGAAUACUAAAAAAUUGCAUAGUCAUUAAUAACACUACUUUUAGUGUGAAAUAUACCUUCACCUGUAUGCAACUACUUCACAACUAUGUUUUUUCCAAAGUAAGACUUUGAUAACUAGGAUGUACACCGAGACUUUCUCCACUAAGUUAUGGUUAAUGGAGGAAAAAUGUAGCCGAGGCAUUUAGUUGUGCUAGGUGUAAUAAGAAAUGUGGAGCUUGAAUCCAAGCAACAAUUUUGGUUGAUUUACAAGUGAAGUGUGUUGCCUUUCUGAUGUAAGCAUCCAUCCAUUUUUUUAGUCUAAAUUAUUUCAGAAAAUGAAAAGUUUUUGGUCAACUGUUUAGUUGUAUUAGCCUUAUGAAAUGUUUACUGCAUCCUGGAUAUCUUUGAUGCCUUUAAAAACACAGGUAGGGAAGUGUAAUAAAAAAAAAUAAAAUCCCUAUUUCUGCUUUGAGAACCUCAUGAUCCAAGCAGACUAGAAAACCUGGAUCUCAGCCAUGUGGAAGUUUUGUAGAGGUCUAACUUCUCAUCUCUUCUAACAAUCCCAUUCACUGUCUCAGUAAUGUAUGUCUUUGUUUGCUUAGGCUGUCCUGCUCUAUUUAUUUUUUUUCUUAAUGGCCUUGUUUUAAAGGAUUAUUUCCCACAUUGUGUGGGUAUAAGUGAAUUUCUGCUAGUUUGAAUUCCCUUUCUCACCUUUCAUACAGAUGCUUUAUGCCAAUAAAGAACUUAAGUCUGACAUGAGAAGACAACACUAUUAUGUAAUAGUGAUGAUUUUUUUUUUGCUUGUUGGAAUAACUUUCCAUCAUGCAGAACAGGGAAAUCUAAAGGAAAAACACCACAUGAUUUUUGCCUUUUCAGGAAAUGUCAUUUUGCAUGUGUUACAAAGGACUUGUUUCAAUAACUUUUCUUACUGUUUCCUGAGAUAGUUUUAUUUCUUCUUGGAUACUGUUGAAAAACUUACCUUGUAUAGGGCAUAGGACUUUCAGAAGAAAUUUAAUUUACGCUGAAGCGCUAACUUGAAGUUAAAUGAUUUUGCCUGAAUACUCAUGUUGGCAUAGGAAAUCAGUGUCCUUGCAGCAAAAUAGCUCUGGUUAAUUUUAUUCUGAUUGGCUUGAAUAGAAGUUUAAUAUUAAGGUCAGAAGAAGAUAGCAAAAAAAAAUUUUAAGCCUUCUUUAUAAAAGGAGAUUUUCUUACUUCUCAAAGUUUGCCAAUACAUUUUGAAGAGGUGUUAAACACCAGGAAGUAGCAUACCCUUCUUAACAUAGACAUAAGAAGACAUAAUCUAAAAACACCAAGGGGGGAAAAAAAAGUGUGAAUAACCAGUAUCUGACUACUAGAUUCCUAGGUGUAUUCGAUUUUUAAUUUUCCUGAGCAUUGAAUUAAAUAUUUUAACAAAUUAUGUGUAGCUGAAUUUUCAUCUGUACUACAAAGAUUUGUUGCUGUGCUGAACUCUGUUGGCCUACAGAAAUUUUUGGGAUAUGGUAUGGUGUGUGAGGAGGUUUUACUGUGUGAAAUUUAUCUGAAAUAUUUUGCUGCCUAGUAGUCUUUGAUGUAAUUUGUUAAAUGGUGAAAUAGAAAAUACUUUCCAACCUCUCUGCCUUCUGAACAAACAGAUUUUUUGUAGGCAUUUUUACAAGCAUAACAUCAUAUGGAGGAUAUGUGUUAAUUUUGACUUUGAAAUACGUAAGACUUAAUUUUCAAAAUCACAGGUAGUGAUUAUUUGUGUCUAUGGCUUUUUUAAAUAGUACUUUAAUUCUGUGCCACCCAGGUAUAACACUUUUUAUACAAGUCAAAUUGAAGUAUCUUUUUCUUUUAUUUAAAUGCUAAACUGGGCUGUAGUUCAGCAAUUUAGGAGAUGGAAUGAAAUGAGUGUUGAAUGCUAAGAUGGUCAAUAAAGGUGCUUAUUGUUAAU